CCCUCGGCCCGCAUGCGCAGUCAGUCCAACCCGGCCUGGGGAAGUUUCCUUUCGCACGUCUGCUACAUCAGUCUCCUGCUUCUCCACCUACCUUCUCCAUUUUCCUAGUCCCUGCAGAACGUCACUGGAAUAUUAUUUGGAGAAAGUGUCAUGGAAGUUCUGCGUCCACAGCUUAUAAGAAUUGAUGGCCGGAAUUAUAGGAAGAAUCCAAUCCAAGAACAGACCUAUCAACGUGAAGAAGAUGAAGAGGACUUUUAUCAAGGCUCCAUGGAGUGCGCUGAUGAGCCGUGUGAUGCCUAUGAGGUGGAGCAGACCCCACAAGGAUUCCGGUCUACCGUGAGGGCCCCUAGCUUGCUCUAUAAGCAUAUAGUUGGAAAGAGAGGGGACACUAGGAAGAAAAUAGAAAUGGAGACCAAAACGUCUAUUAGCAUUCCUAAACCUGGACAAGAUGGGGAAAUUGUAAUCACUGGCCAGCAUCGAAAUGGUGUAAUUUCAGCCCGAACACGGAUUGAUGUUCUUUUGGACACUUUUAGAAGAAAACAGCCCUUCACUCACUUCCUUUCCUUUUUCCUCAAUGAAGUUGAAGUUCAGGAAGGAUUCCUGAGAUUCCAGGAGGAAGUACUGGCGAAGUGCUCCAUGGAUCAUGGGGUUGACAGCAGCAUUUUCCAGAAUCCUAAAAAGCUUCAUCUAACUAUUGGGAUGUUGGUGCUUUUGAGUGAGGAAGAGAUCCAGCAGACAUGUGAGAUGCUACAGCAGUGUAAAGAGGAAUUCAUUAAUGACAUUUCUGGGGGUAAACCCCUAGAAGUGGAGAUGGCAGGGAUAGAAUACAUGAAUGAUGAUCCUGGCAUGGUGGAUGUUCUUUACGCCAAAGUCCAUAUGAAAGAUGGCUCCAACAGACUGCAAGAGUUAGUUGAUCGAGUGCUGGAACGUUUCCAGGCAUCUGGACUAAUAGUGAAAGAGUGGAAUAGUGUGAAACUGCAUGCUACAGUCAUGAAUACACUAUUCAGAAAAGACCCCAAUGCUGAAGGCAGGUACAAUCUCUACACACCAGAUGGCAAAUAUAUCUUCAAGGAAAGAGAAUCAUUUGAUGGCCGAAACAUUUUGAAGAUUUUUCUCUUUACCCACAAAGUCAGUCUCUGAAGUGGCUUUAUAAUCCGUUUUGACUCAGAAACAGCCUAUGUCCUAAAAAGCAGAUGGUGCAUUUCUGACUGUUGAGGCUUUGCCUUUCUAAGUGUUGAAUUAAUCUAUGAAAUGCAUGUAAAGGGGUUCUUCAGGAUUACAUUUAUCUUUCUCCAACAGACUACCCUUCUGCAAUAUUCAUGAUUUAUGCCUUCUCUAUCUGGUUAACAUGCCAUCGUUCCUCUGGACAAAGAGAAACAUAAGUUGAUACUAAUGGAGAGGUUUUCGAGUCUUUUUUUCAUUUGCUCUGUAAGGGUUUAGGUCAUUCUCAAGGCUGUGGGUGUUUUGCUGAGGUGGAAGGGAAGUAUAUAAUAACAUCAGAAUAAAGCUGUAGCUUGAGAAAUACUUGUACUUUUGCUUACCUAUUCCAUCUUCCAUUCCCUUAUCUUGUCACUUUACAGUUUCUUGCCCAACGCUGAAUGUGACCCCAUUGCCUUAAUUAAUGAUAUCACUCUUCAACAGCUGUGACUGCUUACCAUGGAGCCCAAUAGGGCAGUGCCAGCCAUCAACUCAGACAGGCAUUCCAGCACCCACAUUGCAGAGCUAUGCCAAAGUCCUUCCUUUCCUUGAUAUGUUUUCUCUUUUUGAGUAGUUUUCUUGUUUUUGAGGUAGCUUUGUGUUUGAGUGGCAGGCUGCUAAUGAAUUCAGCUGUAGUUAGCUUUACUGUUUUUCCCAGGCUGCAGCUUCGGUGUGAUAUGAAUCGUUCUCUUCUUUUACCACCUUUCUUUGGGGAUUUUCUAGUAUCAUCAUGAAUUACUUUGCUUUUUGUUGUUGUUAAUUUAGUUAAGAAAGAAAAUAGACUGAAUGGGGAAAGAAAUCUUUAGGAAUGGCUCAAAGCCAACUGGCUUUUAAUGGAAUUAAAACUGAAGCCUUGUGUGUUGAUGCAAGUCAGGUGUGAGGUGCUUCGACAUCUGUAAGAGUGGGAUGAUGAGAGAGCCUGUUGGGUGGCUGUAUGAGCAGUGUGGAACUUUUACCUUGGUAUGGAAUUUCUCUUACUUUGCAAAGUAAGUUUUCCAUUUAAAGAUGCUUUUUCCAGAAAUCUUCUGAACCACCCCAGUGAUGACAUGAAUGUAGCUCCCUCUAGUGUUGACAAGGACUUGCUGUAUCAGUAUACCCUUACUAAUUCAAACCCAGUCACUUUUAGCGCUGGACCUAGCUAGGUUCUUAGAGACCAUUUAGUCCAAUUCCCCACUUUAAUCUCUGACACGAGAUCUACUAAGGUAAAGUGACUUGCCAGAGGUACCGCUAGUUAGUAGCAGAGUCUGAAUCAGAGCAGAAAGACUCAAAACUCACUAACUGAGCAUUGUUUUCUGCUGCCUCCCAUAAAGAUGCUCAGUGUUUAGGUAGAGAACAUUACAUACUUGAAGUUGGGCAUAUCUGCCUGAACUGGGAUAAUGUCCAAUUAAAACUCGUUUCAUAAAUGGUGGGGCAGUGAGUGUGCCAAUUAAUCUAAAACCGUAGCUAGUUAAUAAUUAGACUUUUGUACUGAAUAUAAUACCAACACUAACAGAAAUACUUAAUGACUGUAUACCAUCUGCCAGACUAUGUGCCCUAAAGAUGAGAAACAGUCAUUAUGAUACAAUCCCUGCCUUUCAGGAGCUUCCAGUCCAUGAGGGAAACAGAUAGUUAAUAGGCAAUUAGAAUAU